GCUUGAGCCCGGCAUUCUUUCAUGCAAAAAGUAAACCUUGUCCCGACGUCUUUUUUUGCCUGCAGUAUCCCGGUUCGAUGCAGUAGUUAAGCUAACAGAACGCGGUAUUAAUCACAUGUCCACUGGGCCGUUGCGCGAGUGCCACCAGUGCCGCUCCACCGUCUCAUCCAUUUGCUCAUCUCCAUAUGAAAAUGUUUGUUUUUUGUAUUAGCCGGCCGGGAGCGGCGCGGAGUAAACCCUCCAUGAAGAGACCGGCGCCGGUGAUCGCAGCAGGCAACACUUGUCCAUCUGUUAGUGUGUGCGGAUAUUUGUGUAUUGUGCGGUAAUAACGGUAAUGGAUCAUGAUGGGCUGAUAAACUGGCCCAAUUAUUCGCUGGUAAUCAAUAAGACAACCAGUGCUACGGCGGCUACCGUCGUCGCCGCUGCAAACAAUAAUGCCACCGCUAUCAACUUUACAUUGAACGAUUUCAAGGAAUUGACGCGCUCACAGCCCUCAUCGAUUCUCACCAUAUCCGUCUACUCAGUGCUACUGUUUUUUGGUUUAAUCGGCAACUUAGUGGUCUUCUCGACACUGCUGAAAAGUCGCUACCGGAAGUCCUCUCGCGUGAACAAACUAAUUUUGCAUCUGGCCAUCGCCGAUCUGAUUGUAUGCUGCUUCACCAUUCCCAUCGAGAUUGGCUCGAGGAUAACGGUCACAUGGGAGGCCGGGGAUGUGGGAUGCCGGAUCUUUCAGUUCUUUCGUCCCUUCGGACUGUAUCUCUCCUCCAAUACCAUUAUCUGCAUCUCUCUCGAUCGCUACUUUGCCAUUGUCCAGCCGCUGAAAUUGGCCGAUGCCCGCCGGCGCGGACGGAUCAUGCUCGCUGCGGCGUGGAUAUUCGCCGUGAUCUGCAGUGCGCCGCAAGUGAUCGUUUUCCGGGGCGAAUUAGUUCGAUUGCAGGACUGGCCGGAUAUCGCAUUUACCGACUGCCUUUCAACAGGUAUUUUCGAAUACGAAGGAUAUGAUUUGUACAGUAUUUUUUCCGUGUGUGUCAUGUACGUGCUCCCGUUGGCUGUGACUGUGGCCGCUUACACCAGGAUAUUAUGGGAAAUCUCCAUAACCCGGCGACUGAAGGCGACAAGUCAGACUGAAGCGCUAUUAUACAUGGGGCAACACAGCAGUCUGCAAGGUUCCGGCGUGGGCGAAUCAUCAUUCCUAACGCAGGCCCUACAAACGCCGCAACAGCAGCCCGGAAUGACAUGUACGGCCGAUGAGAAUUCCGGCUUAACCAGCAAUUGCAACGGGCUCAACAACGCGGCCACCCCCGCCGCCCGCCACGUGCAACUGCACACCAGCGUUAACCGCAGUGCCAGCGCUAAUGUAAUCCGCAAUUACAGCCAACGGCUGCCCGGCACGGGAUCAACAACAACGGCCAACGCGGCAAAUCGCAUGGCCGAUUUAUCCAAAAUUGAACGCGCUCGCAGCCGCACACUCAAACUCACCAUCCUCAUCGUACUGUGCUUCGUAACAUUCAAUACUCCCUACACCGUCAUGUUCUUCUGGUACCAGAUCGAUAAGGCAUCCGCCGAAUUGGUGGCGGUGAUCAUUCAGGAGAUUCUCUUCUUGUUCGCUGUCAGCAACUCCAUCAUCAACCCCUAUCUUUAUGGCAUCUACUCCAAGAGUCUCCGUAACGAGAUCAGCAACAGUCUUCUGUGUCGGGCAGUGCGUAAUUGUUUCAUGCAAAAAAACGAUUAUGGCGGCAGUUCCUCGGACAUGUACAGGGACGUCAAGGAGCAGCCACAGCCGGAACCUAUGUACGUUCCCUUGGUCAAGUCACCCGUCCACAAUAUCCACAAUAUGCCCUAUCACCCUUACCAGCAGCAGCAGCACGCGUUCUCCAAUGCGACGACCAAUCAGCAGCACGCUCUUCCGAAUGGCCACAAAGCCCACCCCCUCUACUGCAGUAUUGGCCAGUGCACCAGCAACACCAGCAACAGUCGCGCGGACAAGUCACGCGCCUUCGCAUGCGGCUAUCCUGGUCUGUCUAGAUCCGUUGACCACAUUGAUGCGAAGCAGCGGAAGCUGUCCAAACGCCGCAACAAGUCCGAAAAGGCCCACAGUCAUGUGCAGCAGUAUUCGUUUUCGGCCAAUUCCACGUCGUCGGAGAAGUCUCUGGUGUCGGAGAAAGCCCGCAGCUGUCACGGUGUAGGACGCAACACUGCUUACCAGCGAGUAACUGCCGCCUAUAAAAUUAGCCUCUGUCCGAAAAGCAACAGCGAUCUCCACUCAUCGUCAUUUGAUUAGCACAAAACCCAGUUGAUUACAACUUGUGGUAUUAUAUAAUAAGUAAUUUUCUAUUUGUAAAAAAAUUCCGAAUUACCUUGUUCAUAUUUUUUUGGUGAGUCUAUAGCGUGGCGAGGAUAAUCACAAGCGAAUGAAAUUGAAACCAUCUUCUGUUUUAAAUUUCAUCCUAUUCAUGCAAUGUGAUAGUAGCACCUGAAGUACUUGCGCUGGUUUCUGUGAGUUGUCCUAAAGGUCACGCCUGUCUAUCUAAUGAUCGAGUAAAAAACUGUU